AUGUCAGCGCCGCAGAAAAGAAAUGUCAACACCAAAACCGGCAGUACGGGCAGUAAGGCUGUAAGCAGCAUUGUUGAUGAUCUCAUCCGUGCAUCUGCUGGUGCUGGUGCAAAAAAUAUUGCGGAUGAAGAUUUGGACAAGUAUGUCGCUGAUCUCAUUCUAAAAGAAGCGCAAGAAAAACGAAAAAAGUAUGAAAAAGUUGGAAUUCAAGCAUAUGAGCCUUCAUCUUCCCGUGCUAAUCGUCCCAAAUUUUCAGCUGGAUUUCUACUCAAUGUUGUGAAACAAACGGAUUCAUCGAAUAGAGCAGCUAUUCGGUCUAAUCAAGAAACAAUAACUAAACUACGUCGAGAGCGAUAUAAAAACGAGGCAAAAGGACGGCGAUCAAAGGAAUACAGCAGUAACACUGGUAUAAACAGUGAGAGACAACGAACGAGCCGACAUUCUUCGUCACGAUCCCGUUCCCGAUCACCUCUAUCAUCUCCACAUACUCGAUCGGAUGCCUUACCGACAAAUACCAUCAGUAGUAAUAGCAAUAACAGAGAACCAUAUAAUGAUAGUAAUUAG